UGCAAUUUUACCCCACAUUUCGCCACCUGUACUUGUAUCACAAUAGCCUGAUAACUGUCAAUCUUCUUCCUUCUUCUCAGUGUCUCUUUUUCUAGAUUACUUUUUACGCCAUUUUCAUAUUUUUCGAGGUCAAAAAUCUGAUUGUUAAUUUUUACGCCAUUUUUGUACUUUUCGAGGUCAAAAUUUGAUUGUUUUUUUUGAUCGGAGAAAAAAUGGCGGGAAAUGAUUGGAUAAACAGUUAUUUGGAAGCAAUUUUAGAUGUAGGAGGUCAAGGUAUCGACGCUUCUAAUGCUAAAACGUCGUCGUCUUCUCCAUCAUCGUUGCUUCUAAGAGAACGAGGACAUUUUAGUCCUUCUCGUUAUUUUGUUGAAGAAGUUAUUACUGGUUUUGAUGAGACCGAUCUUCAUCGUUCUUGGGUUCGCGCUGCGUCAACUCGCAGUCCUCAAGAGAGGAAUACGAGAUUGGAAAAUCUCUGCUGGAGAAUAUGGAAUUUGGCACGCAAAAAGAAACAGAUUGAGGGAGAGGAAGCUCAGCGUUCGGCUAAACGCCAUAUAGAACGUGAGAAAGGUCGCAGAGAGGCGACUGCUGAUAUGUCAGAAGACUUGUCAGAAGGGGAAAAGGGUGACACUGUGGGUGACAUGUCAUUUGCUGGUGACAGCACUAAGGGAAGAAUGCGAAGGAUAAGUUCAGUGGAUAUGAUGGAGAAUUGGACUAAUACCUUCAAAGAAAAGAAACUCUAUGUUGUGUUGAUAAGCCUUCAUGGCCUAAUACGUGGGGAGAACAUGGAGCUUGGUCGCGAUUCGGAUACAGGUGGUCAGGUGAAGUAUGUAGUAGAACUUGCAAGGGCACUUGGGUCCAUGCCUGGAGUUUACCGUGUUGAUCUACUGACAAGGCAGGUUUCUGCCCCAGGGGUAGAUUGGAGUUACGGGGAACCUACUGAGAUGCUGUCUCCAAGAAAUUCUGAGGAUGCAAUAGAGGAGCUUGGAGAGAGUAGUGGUGCUUACAUUAUCCGCAUACCAUUUGGGCCGAAGGAUAAAUAUUUAGCAAAAGAAUUACUUUGGCCAUACAUUCCCGAGUUUGUUGAUGGUGCACUUGGCCACAUUAAACAGAUGUCUAAGGUUCUUGGUGAGCAAAUUGGUGCUGGGUUGCCUGUAUGGCCAGCUUCAAUCCAUGGGCAUUACGCAGAUGCUGGGGAUUCUGCAGCUCUUUUAUCUGGUGCUUUAAACGUGCCGAUGGUUUUUACUGGUCAUUCACUUGGACGAGAUAAGCUUGAACAGCUGCUGAAACAGGGGAGAGUUUCGAGGGAAGAAAUUAAUGCAACAUACAAAAUUAUGCGUCGCAUAGAGGCUGAGGAGUUAUGCAUAGAUGCUUCUGAAAUGAUAAUCACAAGCACUAGACAGGAAAUAGAAGAGCAAUGGCAGCUGUAUGAUGGAUUUGAUCUAGUGCUAGAGCGCAAACUUAGAGCUAGGAUGAGACGUGGUGUGAGUUGUCAUGGCAGAUUUAUGCCCCGAAUGGCUAGGAUUCCCCCUGGCAUGGAAUUUCACCAUAUUGCUCCACAAGAUGCUGAUAUGGACACGGAUAUUGAUGGGCAUAAAGAUAGCAAUGCAAAUCCAGAUCCACCCAUUUGGUCUGAGAUUAUGCGCUUUUUUUCGAAUGGACGCAAACCUAUGAUACUUGCCCUUGCCAGGCCAGAUCAAAAGAAGAACCUUACAACACUAGUCAAGGCUUUUGGUGAAUGUCGUCCAUUAAGAGAGCUUGCAAACCUGACUCUGAUUAUGGGAAACCGUGAUGAUAUUGAUCAAAUGUCUGCCACAAAUGCAUCUGUCCUGAUCUCAAUUCUUAAAUUGAUUGACCAGUACGAUCUGUAUGGUCAAGUGGCAUAUCCUAAGCAUCACAAGCAGUCGGAAGUUCCUGAUAUCUAUCUUCUGGCUGCCAAGACAAAGGGUGUAUUUAUCAAUCCUGCGUUUAUUGAACCGUUUGGACUGACUUUAAUUGAGGCUGCGGCUUAUGGAUUGCCUAUUGUUGCUACAAAGAAUGGAGGCCCUGUUGAUAUUAUUGGGGUUCUAGACAAUGGGCUUCUCAUUGAUCCUCAUGAUCAGCAAUCUAUUGCCGAUGCACUCUUGAAGCUAGUUGCCGAUAAAAACCUAUGGACAAAGUGCAGGCAGAAUGGGUUGAAGAACAUCCACCUCUUUUCGUGGCCAGAGCACUGUAAAACAUACUUAUCCCGCAUAGUCAGCUGCAAACCAAGGCAACCAAAUUGGCGAAGAAUUGAUGAAGGAUCUGAAAAUUCAGAUACAGAUUCACCCGGUGACUCUUUGAGGGACAUUAAGGAUAUAUCUUUGAACUUGAAGUUUUCAAUAGAUAAUACUUUUGAUGAUUCAUUGGAUUCUGAAGAAGCUGCAGGCAAUGCAAAGAAAAAAAUAGAGAAUGCAGUUUCAAAAUUGUCUAAGUCGAUGGAUAAAACACCGGAUGAUCUUGGUAAUCAAAAGUUUCCAGCAAUUAGGAGGAGGAAAUGUAUUUUUGUCAUCGCUCUGGACAGUGAUGUGACUUCAGAUUUUCUUCAAAUCAUUAAGACGAUUUUUUCUGCUGCUGGGGAGAAAAGAACAACAGGAUCCAUUGGAGUUAUACUUUCAACAUCUAUGACUUUAUCUGAAGUUAAUUCUCUUUUGGCUUCUGGAGGCUUUAAGCCUUCAGAUUUUGAUGCUUUCAUUUGUAACAGUGGCGGUGAACUUUAUUAUCCAUCUAUGGGUUCUGAUGAUAGUUCGGCGGAAUCUCCAUUUGUGCUAGAUCCAGACUAUUAUUCACAUAUUGACUACCGCUGGGGAGGAGAAGGUUUGUGGAAGACUUUGGUUAAAUGGGCUACUUCUGUCAAUGAGAAAAAGGGAGAGGAUGCUCCACAGAUUGUUAGUGCAGAUGAAUCUAGCUCUACAACUCAUUGCUAUACAUUCAAAGUGAAAAAUUUUGCUUCGGCACCGCCAACUAAGGAAAUUAGGAAGAUGAUGAGAAUUCAGGGUCUUCGUUGUCAUGCAAUAUAUUGCCAAAAUGGUGCCAGGUUGAAUGUCAUCCCUGUAUUGGCUUCCAGAUCUCAAGCACUCAGAUAUCUCUAUAUGCGUUGGGGAACAGACUUGUCAAGUUUCGUGGUUUUUGUUGGUGAAUCUGGAGAUACCGAUUACGAUGGCUUACUGGGUGGAGUCCACAAGACGGUUGUAAUAAAAGGCAUUUGCCGUGAUGCUGGUAAACUUCAUGCAAUCAGAACUUAUCCGUUAGAGGAUGUUAUGCCUGUUGACAGUGCCAACAUGUUCCAGACCGGAGGAAGUAGCCUUGAGGACAUAAGAGAGGCCUUAAGCAAGCUUGGGAUUUCGAAAUCAUAGAAGAUAUAGAGUCUUAACGUUGCUGAUGUUGAGACGCCAAAAUUGUUAUAAAUUCUUCAGUUGUGACAUACUUCUCUGAUAAUGUUCCUGCAAGCAAAUUUUGCUGGAAACUUGGUCAGUACUUUGUCUUCCUCAACUUGUAUAUUUGGUUUUGCUUUGUUUUAGAUAGGCUGGGAACCGAAACAUAAAGGAAGCAAGAAGAGACUGAAAAAGCUUCUGUAAUCUGUACAAUCUAUAUUUUCAAUUCUUUUUACAUAUUA